GAACGCAAAACAGCAUACCAAAGCAAUUUGUUUUGGCCAUCAACGUUCUCCGUAGCACGCAGGACAACCAACCUGCUUGCAAACGGGAUUUAGCUUGUGUGGAAGGAAGAAAGCCUUCUGAUCAACAUUCAUCUCUGCAGGUAGCAAGUCAAUAUAUCACAACUCAUCAUGGCAGAAAUUCAAGAAAUGUCUGAACUUGAGAAGAAGGUGGCACAACAGAUUGAGUACUACUUCGGUGAUCACAACCUUCCAAGAGACAAGUUCCUCAAAGAACAGUUGCAGCUCGAUGACGGAUGGGUGACCCUGGAAACCAUGCUCAAGUUUAACAGACUGAAAUGCUUGACAACCGAUCACAACGUAAUUGUUGAGUCUCUGAAGAAAUCCCAGACUGGCCUUUUGGAAUUGAGUGAGGAUAAGACAAAAAUCAGGAGAAUUUCAAGCAAGCCCUUACCAGAACUGAACGACAAGUACAAAGAUACCCUCAAACACAAAUCUGUGUACAUUAAAGGUUUUCCGUUGGAGACAACCCUUGAUGAAAUCGAGGGGUGGCUGAAAGGGAAAGGCGUCAUAGAAAACAUUCAGAUGAGACGAAACUUCCAAAAGAAUUUCAAGGGCUCAGUAUUCCUGGUUUUUGACACUGAAGAAGCAUCAAAGCAGUUCCUAGCACGCACAGACACCAAAUCAUUCAAAGAAAAUGAAAUGAUUGUACUUUCAAGAGAGGAGUACCAUGCAAAGAAAACAGAGGAUAGAAAACUGUUGAAAGCAGAGGCAAAGGCUAAAGCUAAACAUGACAAGGACGAAAAACAAAAACAAGCAGAGGAAGAGGAAAUGAAAUCUCUGGACGAGCAGACCGGAUGCCUGUUGAAGUUCUCAGGCAAUCUUGACAGUGUUUCAAGAGAGGACUUUCACGAGGUGUUCUCAGGUCAUGGUCAAAUCAAAUGGAUUGAUUUCACCAGGGGUGCCAAAGAGGGUACCAUCCUCUUCAAAGUGAGUGCCAAGGAAGCUCUUGAUAAGGCCAAGGAAGCAAGUGGAGGAAACUUGAAAAUUAAAGACGAAGACGUUACGUGGGAGGUGGUGGAGGGAGAUGCAGAGAGGGAAGCUCUGAAAAAGAUAAUUGAAGACCAACAGGAAUCUCUCAACAAACGUAGAGGUGGUAGAGGUGGUCGAAAAUCAGGUGGGAGAGGGGGGAGAGGAGGACGAAGGGACAGGGGUGGACGUGAUGGCAAAUCACAUUACCAAGGCAGAAAGACCAAAUUUGAUGAUAGUGAUAAUGAUGACGCACCUCCUAGCCCAAAGAAGCGAGCCCUUGAAGGAGUGUGCAAAGAUGCUGAUGCUCCAGCUGCAAAAGUUGUCAAAACUGAAAAUGGUUCUUAGAAAUGAUGUACUAGCACAUCUCAUUGAAACAUUUUAUUUGAAAAGAAACCCAUUGAAAACAACUUUAUUCCAUUCCAGUGGAGGCUUCAUGUUGUGGAAAAUCGUAGAAAGUCCACCUUGAUGUCAACCUAGAAAACAAUUUAGAAUGUAAGAUUGGAAAGUUUUCAGCCCUUAUCAGUAAUGUGGUGUGCAUCUUACAUUGUCAAUACCUAUCAAUUUCUACCCUGAACAUACGUUAUGGGGAUUGUCUUAUUUAAAUAUGGAUUUCAUUCGUUGUGUUGACUGCGUCUGAACAUUAUAAUUUCAUUUCAGCAGGAGCAUAUUACACCUGUUUGUCGCCUCCAUACAAAGAUGUGCAUGUCAAUAGAAACAUGUUAAUCAGAGUGCCAUUUUAUUUUUCCUCAAUUAUUUUAAAUCAUGUGUAUACGGUUGAGUCCAAAAGCACAGAUCUUGUUCCUUUCAAGUUUACUUUUGUGAAUAGCCAAUAAAGUUUGAUUUUAAGUCA